UGUGUUAGCGGAUUCGAAGUUGCAUAGAGAGAGGCGUACAUACGUACUUAUUGUAUCAUGGACGCACGAUCUCUAGGUCAUACAAAGUGUGACAGAUCAUUUAUACGCGAAUAGAUGGCUCCUUCUGGUAAAUUGGUGUUUCUAAGAAACAGUCAGCUCCAAAUAUCACAACUGUAUAAACGAUGUAUCGAAGCACCUCCCUCAAGCUAAAAUACGCCUUGGGAAAACGUCACACUUUCAGUCCAAUGACGCGAUCCCUACAUUUAAAAAAGUCCUCAAAAUAGAACAGAGACCGUGCAGUCUAUCAACUGCUUUAAACCAAUCACACCCCUUUUUUGGCGUUGUUUCUUUUUACCUCGAGCAGUCAAAUGGUCUUCUUUCACGCAGCGUGAGGCGACUGCGAUUGCAAAACAAGUUGAAUCAGGCAAGUCACCCAUUGGCCAAGAUGAAUUCUUGACCUACGCAGAAUUACCAAGAUGGGAACAUAUUGUGGAUUUCUGGAAUACACCCGGAGACUAAUUUGUCAUGCACAUAGCUCACUGUUUCGAUGGAACAACAAGAAACAGGCCAAAUUGGAUUCACGCGAGGAUAAAGCCUCACUCAGGAUAACUCACGGAGCUAGCCGUGACGCGGAGAAGCACGUUUAAGAUCAUUAACCCUGGGACGUCUGGUGUGCGUGAUAUCUGGAGGUGCAAGAGACGAUAUUCAUUUCUACUACAAGAGAUAACAAAGACAACAGCAAAAGAAAGCUGGGGAAUAUAGCUAAACGUGAAGCAUAGGUCUACACCGAGCAAUAUGGAUCUGAAUGACACGGAGAAUCUGAGCAACGUAUCCUUGAACGUCCCACGCAGCCAAUGUGACAAUUCACGCGAAAGUUUAAUCAUCAAGUCUACAGCACUAGGGCUUAUUCUGGUUAUUGCCCUCUUAGGAAACAGCCUUGUGUUGGCACUAGUGCGCAAAAGCUCCCAAAUGAACGGCGCUAUCAAUUUGUUCGUGGCUAAUAUGGCAAUAUCUGAUCUAUUUGUGCCGUUGUUCGUGUUACCACGAGAAAUGUACCAGCUUACAUCAGGCACCAUCUCAUGGCAGGUUCGGGGUACAGGUGGCGCCAUACUGUGCAAGCUCGUAUUCUUCGCGUCUGAUAUCUCCCCCAUCGUAUCAGUGUUGAUGCUAUGUCUCAUAGCCAUCGAGAGGUUCACCGCCGUCGUGUUUCCCUGCGCCGCGGCCCUCCAAAACCGCCGACUUCACUACGUACUCAUAACAAUAUCCUGGUUUAUAGCAGUGUGUUUUUGCGCGCCGUACUUUUACUUGUUUAAGCUGACGAGAGUGGGAGACGACUUUUACUGCUUCCCUGACUGGGGACCCGCGUUUGACCACGUCAAGACUCACCAGGGUUACACCACGACUGCUUGUGCCUUGUUUAUCGUAGUCCCUUUCUUCCUACUCACCACACUCUACUCUCUGAUUGUCUACAAGCUCAAGCGCCCCAAGGUGUUAAAGUUCCUCCGGGGUACUUCGCGCCAAAGGCGAAACAUGCGCACACUCAAGGUUAUCAAGAUGACAAUGACUGUAGUCAUCGUGUUUGGGAUUUGUUGGGGGCCAUUUAACAUUGCUUUGCUUAUCGUCACCUUCAUUUGGAAGUGGCAUUUGCCGACUACCUGUAGCUUUCGUAGAUUCUGGUUUACCGCUCUAUUUAUGGCAUACUCAAACGCAGCUAUAAAUCCAUGGAUUUACUUCGCGUUUAUUGAUAGCUACAGACGCGCGCUGCGAGAGACAUGUAAGCGGUUGACGGCAAUAGCGACAAACAGCUAUAGUACAUCGCACAGCGUGAGGCGUAACCAGCGCCGAGUAUCUCCUGUCGCGUGCUUGUGCCAGAACUCUUCAAGCGCAGACAUGAGGAGCACGACGGUCGCUUUGAUCACACUGAAGCGUAUGUCACCAAUUCACCUGGAUAUCACGGAUGAAAAUGUACUCGAAUCAGAGGCAGCAACAUGAUUACACCUGGAUAUCACGGACGGCGAGGUCCAUUAGUCAGGUGUGGGAAAAUGAUUACACCUGGAUAUA